UGGGAAGUCGGCGUGUGCCGCCAGUCAGUCAGUCGCCGGCCGCCGGUGCAGUAUGUUGUGUUGGUGUUUUACUGCAUCUUGAAUUAAAAUGUAGUAACGUUAGAAUAGUUUUUCUGCGAUUCGAUUAACGUGUGAAAAAGAAAGAAGAAUUCGUUUUAUUCGCAUCGAAGUUCACGUGAGAUUACUGAAUUUCGUGUAUGCGGCGGCAAACGUGCGAUUUGUGUUGUGCUGUGCAUUUUAUAGUAUCUUUACACAAAAGUGUUUAUUCAUUACGACCACCUGUUACGCGUCUAAAACAGGCUUCUUUGUGUUACGUUGGAUUAACCGGAUUACGUGCAUCAUCGGAAUGUUCUUUAUGCCCAGAUAAAUCAUUAGGAACGGAAAGAACAGGUGCACCUGUGUGAAGCCGGAGGCGGAGGAUUCGGAGAACGGGAGAAUCUAGUCUUUAAGAAGUUGGCAAUAAUCCUCGGGUGAUUUUAACAUACAAAUCAGCGCGGAAGAUAGAUUGCAUUAUCAUUGCGUCUAGUGAAGAGAACGUGCAACCAUUUCGGCAAAUAUUCAUUCCACGGCAGUAUUUUAUUGGUCAUGGACGAGGUGCGCCCGUGCUGCGCGUUUCUCGUGCGCAUUCUUCGUUCCGUCAGAGGCGUCAGUGUCGCGGAUCUACGCUUCGAAUGGCGGGUUUGUUGCCGCGAUCCCCGUCACGGCGAUAAUAAAUUUUCCGUAUCAAAGCGUCGUUAAGUGGGAAUUAUUUUGCAAUUAAGAACAGGUUGUUCCACGGAUCGAAUCGAUUACGAUCUAAUCAUCCACCGUUGCCGUUGCAAUUUGCCUCUGGGAUUUAUUCAUAAAAUCGUCGAUUUAUUCGUAAACGCGUAAGAAAGGCAUUCCAGCGCGGCUUAACGAGAAUGUUAAACCGCAAGGGCAGGAGAUCAGGGACUUUACUAGAAUGCGCGGCGAACUGCAUGCACGCAUGAUGCAUUUGUUGAAUCGUGGGUGGAAGAAGAAGAAAAGAAAGGAAGAGUGGGAGAAAGAAAGAUGAAGGCGCGUAGGACGAAUACGGUGCAUUCUUGAUGUAUUUUUUAACACACUAACUGCCGGUUAUAGUUUAUGAUACAAACGGUGUCCACGUUGAACCAGCUUUUCUUUCUUUCCCCGCUGGUGUGAUUGCAGUGAGGACGCUGGGCGUAGCGGCGACGAAAUGAAGCAUGCAGCAUGCGUGGUAGCGGUGACGGCUGCGCGGUCCUGCCUUCAACCCCUGGUGUCCGCCAGCCGCUACCUCGCCGUUCAAGCCCUUCCUGGUGAUCCUCUUUACUUCGUCGUUGAGGCGAAGUCGAGAGUGAAGGAGGUGUACGCGCAGACAUGCAUGCUUCUCGGCCAGCAGGGCAUGCGAGACUGCGAACUGUUCGGCCUGGCAAUAUUGUCCGACGGCGAGUACCUGUUCGUCGAUCCCGAGAAUAAAUUAAGCAAAUACGCGCCGAAAAACUGGCGGAGCUCUCAUACAUACGGCUUGGACAGCAGCGGAAGGCCAGCUUUCGUCCUCUACUUUCGCGUCCGCUACUACGUGGACACACCGUUGCUCCUAAGCGAUGAAACGACGCGUCACCACUAUUACCUGCAACUGCGCGACAAUGUCGUCAGGCAUGGCGGUGGGGUGGAGAGCCUCCAUCCUCACCAUCCCCUGCAUGAACCUUCUAUCGUUACGCCCCUGCUCACACUCGCGGGUCUUGCCCUACAAGCCGAUCUUGGGGACUAUUCCGAGGAACGGCAUAGACCACACGCAGGACCAGUGGGAUAUUGCAAACCUACGGAUUACCUUCCGCCUCACAUGUGUCUCGAGUCGAAUGUGCUCGCCGUGCUGGCGGCACAGCACAGGGACAAUCGGGGCCUCUCGAGGGAGGAGGCAGAGUUGCAAUACAUCCGGGAGGCGGUGCUGCUGGAGGCGCCGCUCAACGCUCACCUCUAUCGGUUACGAAGAAGCAAGAACGAGGCAGGUCCUGGACGUAUACUCCUCGCGAUUUGCGCUCGUGGGGUGCGAGUCUACGCCGAGGAGGAGACACCGCGUGUCUUUGCCUGGAACAAUAUCGGCAAACUUUGCUUCGACCGCAAGAAGUUUGAGAUACGCGCAGUCGACCAGCCGGACAAGCUCACCCUCUAUAGCGGAUGCGAUGACAAAAGCAAACUGCUUCUGGGACUCUGUCGAGACACCCAUCAGUUCUCCAUGGCCAUAGCACCUAGAGUGAACGAAGCGAAGAGGCGAGAAGAGGAAGAGAGAAAAGUACUUCGCGACUGUUAUAUGUAUCCUGCGCGAUGCAAGCUGAGUUUAACAGCGCGAGGGGCGCGGGGUGACCAACGGAUUUCCGUUAUCUCGAGCACAUCGUCUAACACAACUUCUGGAAUUGUUAGCGAUCGGGUUCAUAGCGAGGACGAGCCGGAUACGGCGCCCGCUUCGACCGAAUGUCUGCCACGUCUUACUGAAAAUACUUCACACUCCGGUGUUCAAUGCGGUGUAAAUGGAUCGAAUGCAGACGUCGAGGAUCGUUCCAUGCCGUCAUCCCCGGUCUCCACUGUGGAUGAAGUUGAUGGUACGGAUAGCACUCCUACAACGGUUGCGUUACGAUUAGCAUCGAGUGCAGCUACGGCGGCUGAAGGGUCACAAUGUAGCAGCAGCUGCAGCACGGUCGUGGUUGUGAAUACACCUGCUGGUGGACCGCCGCGAAUGCGGCGCACAUCCGCGACUUCCAGUUUGGAGCUUGGUUAUUCGCAUACGGCACAGAAUUCAGCAGUUUCGUCAGAAACAGCUAGCUUUCCUGGCGCCAUUUACGACAGGUGCAAGAAAGGCGGUAAAUACGCAGGCACUGAUAUUGCGAGUGAAACUAGUGGAGUCUAUACACUCAGGAGUAGUGAAAUGCAAGAUGAAAGAAUGGGAGAUCUAUAUUCACCUACCGGUGAUGUCAAUGGAUCUUCCACAGCGAGUGACGUGUGUGCCUUAAGUUCCGUGCAGUCUACAACCGAUGAAGCUUCCGUAACAUCCGGUUUUUAUACCAUACACAGUGGUCUUAGAUCUGAAACUAGCGACGUUUACACGGAAGAUGUGGGUACAGAAGAUCAAGAACCUAUUUACAGCGUCUGUAAAGGUGAUGAAGAUGUGAAUAACAUGAUGUCUACAAUCUCGGCAGUCCCUCUGGAUCAGCAACUCGAAGAUUCUAGAUCACGUAGCAAUAGUAUACUUAGUGCAGGAAGCUUCAGAGGUGACGGCAGUGAUCCUUCCAGUGUUGGACCUCUGUUAUCAGCCGAUGAACUUUCUGACUUGAUUGUUGGACGUUAUCCCCCUCGAAAAACUAUUAGCAAUUCUAUGGACUCUGAUUGCGAUUACGUUACUAUGCCUCCACCACCUCCACCACCUAGGACCGAUAGCGACAGACAACUUCCUCCACCUCCUCCUUACCCAGUGAACAUGGAUUAUGCAACAAUAAAUUCACCACGAUCGAACAUACCCGAUAUUGAAAGAGAACCUCCACCUCCACCACCGUACAAUGCUACUCGCGGUGAAUUUAUACCUUUGCCACCACGAAGAACUGAUCCACCACCACCGCCACCAUAUACUUCACCAAGAGAAAGAAUUCAAAUACCACCGCCUACACCUCCAAGAAACGAUGCGGUGACACCUAGAGAACCUCCACCUCCACCACCUUAUCCUGAAGUCUCGGAGGUCACUCGACAAGAAGCAAUUUCCAAGUUAUAUCCAAGCGAAGAAAUCGUGUCGAGGGUAACAUCGACGAAAAUACAAACGGGUCUAACAAAUAGCAAAAUGAAUGCCACUUUGACGGCUUCAAAGACUACCAACACCACUCAAACGAACGACAUUGCGUCGAUCGCACCGAAACCACCACCCAGAAUUCAACCACCCACUUAUCCUGGUGACAAAAUGAAACCCACGCCGGUUCAUGCUCCCGUCGCAGCUCUCGUUGUUGGGCCAAACAAUUAUUUGGACGUUCACGCUUCACGGGGUGGUCCCGUUUUGUUACCUUAUUUAACACCACCUCCACCUCCACCACCUCCUCCACCACCCAUGAUACAUCCCAGACAGCCUCCACCUCCACCACCCAGCUUAGCUACGGUUUACACGAGUCAGGUUGCGAGAUCGCAGAUCGAACAAUAUAAACAACAACUAUAUUCAGACGUUGAUUACGUAAUGUUUCCUUUAAAAGAUCCCGCAGUAUCGAAACAAGAGUACAUCGACGCAAAGCAAGGAUCACUUUUGGCAGCCAUGGCUGCUUAUCCUCCCCCUCCUUAUCCUUCGUUUAAUAAUAAAUCAUUGGUAAUGUAUCGUAGCACACCAUACCUUCCUGGUUCCUCGUUUUCAUCACCCACGAAAUACGCUUCAAAUCAAAAUCUCAGUAGCAGCGACACGAGCUCUAACAAUUACUUACCGCAUAGUAACUUGAGUAGCCACUACGCUGCCAGUACAAGUUCGUUAUAUAGUGGAGCUACUUGUUCAUCGGCAGGAAGUCAAAGUCUUAGACGUGAACCAUCAGCUGCAGCUCAUACUCAUACGCUCCACGCUUUCUCCAGAACAAGAAGCGAUGAGAAUAUAUUAAAGUGUUUCGAUUCAUCUACUAAUUCAAAGCUGCAGUCUCUGCCACAAUUGAAACAUCGCAGACUUCCGCCACCUCCACCGCCACCACCUUAUGAAAUUCAGAAUCUUGAAAAGAAUCAACCACUUCCGUCCGCUUCUUCGUCAUCUUCUUCACCGAAAAAGACAUUAAAAACAAAUACCGUGGAGGAACGUGAAGAAGGGAAAGAAGACGGAAUGUUGGAUAUUCGAACACUUCGCGAGAAAAGCCGUAAUUUAGAUUUGCCACUAAUAUCAGCGUUGUGUAAUGAUCGAUAUCUAUUGAAACAAACGAAAGCAUUCGUUAUGCCCAAGCAUCCUGCUGAGCCGACUUCCUCGACGUCUUCAAAGAACGGCACGCGAAGCAGCAAUGGCGGAACAUCUAGUAGAAAUAAAUAUCCAGUUAGCGGUCUUUCUACAACGCAAAUCACUAAACCCCCGAGGAAAUCAUCGACGAGUACUCACAAACACCCCGCAGAGGUGAAGGGCAAUGCUUAUAAGAUCACGAAUUCGACAGGUGUGUCGGCUGUUAAAAAGGAUCCGACAAGGGCGUCACAUUCGUAACAGACAAUAAAGAAAAAGAAAUAGAGUUUAUCAGUCUUGCGACGCUAUGAAAAUUUUAUACCUCGAUCAAAGUACAUUCCACAAAGCUGUUCAAACGAUUCCAUAACUGUUAUAUAACUCUAUCCAUAAAA